AACAGAUCGCGUAGAGGGAAGUGUGUGCGUUAUUCCCGUAAGGGGUUGCUUAUAUAUUUCUUUAAGAUAAUGCAAGUAUAUUGUGAGAAGCAACAGCAUCUUCAGUAAGCAUGAGUUGGGCUGUGGAAGAAUGGAAGGAUGGCCUUCCUGGAAAGGCAUUACAAAAGAUCCAGGAGAUGGAAAGUCAACUGGACAAGUUAAAGAAGGAAAGACAACAGAAGCAGUUUCAGAUGGAUUCCCUCGAAGCUACUUUACAGAAACAGAAGCAAAAGAUGGACAGUGAGAAAAGUGAAGCCGCUUCCCUUAAAAGGGAAAACCAGUGUUUAGUUGAGUCUUGUGAAAGUCUGGAUAAGACGAGACAGAAACUUGCACAUGACCUUCAAGUGAAGGAGCAGCAGGUGAAUUAUUUGGAGGGGCAACUCAACUCGAGCAAAAAGCAAAUUGACAGACUGGAACAAGACGCCAAAAUAUACAAAAGUGACUUUGAACGCUCCCAAACGUCACAUGCGGCAGAAAUCCCACAGUUCAAUACACCACAAAAAACAUUUGCAACCCCAGCAACACCGAAUCAUUGGCAACAGGACUCAAGAAUAGGUGACUUACAGGAAAAAUACAAUCGAGAAGUUGAGGAGCGGAAGAGGUUGGAAGCAGAAAUCAAAGUCAUGCAUGUUAAACUUCUCAAUCAGUCAUCAAUGAGCCAUAAAGACAUUGCACGACAACAGUCAGGCUCCUCUAUUUUUCCUUGGCAACAAGAACAAACACACAGUCAUCAGUCACUGACUUCGAUGGAAACGCCCUCUAGGAGAAGAAAUGGACCCUCGUGGUCUUUUGAUGACACACCAAUAAAGCCCCAUCAGCAGUUCACAUCAGGGACUCAGAAUGACACCGCUGGCUCACAGCAGAUGGAACAGCUUAAGAAUAUAAAUCAAGAUCUCAGGGCAAAGGUGUCGGAGUUAGAGCUCCGUCUUCAGGCUCAAGAGAAAGAUGUGAAGAAUCAGAUCAAUAAGUUCAGUGAAAUUCAAAGUCAACUCGAGAUGGCUAGGAAAGAUCUGGCAGAGAAAGACAAACUCCUGAGCAAGUCCAGAGAUGAACUCGCAAAGGCAACCGGCCAAUAUGAGCAGUCAGUUUCAAAGUGUUCAUCAGUUGAGCAGAAGCUGAAGCAAGUAAUGGAGGAGAUGAACUGUCAGAGACACAACUCGGAAAUGAUGCAUCGAUCUCUGGAGCAGAAGAUCAAAGACCAGGAGAGAGAGAGUCAGAAGGAACUCGCACAGCUUCAAAGCUCGCAUCAAGCUCUUGAUCAACAGUUUAACCAGGUGAAAAAUAAAAUGAGUAUGGAGAUCCAACAAGCCAAAAAAGACAACAAUAUUUUGCAAUCUGAAAUGGAUAAGGUGACUGCUUUGAAGAAUCGACUGGAGAAAGACCUGGAUGAGCUGAAGCAGAAACAUCUCCGGUCUGAGCAGGCCCUUCAGGCUACUCAGACGAAAGAGACUGAGAUAAAGAAGAAGUUUGAUGAAAUGCAAAGAGAGAAGAAUACUCUCAGUUGUCAGUUAGAACAAGGACUGAAGAGGGUUAAACAACUUGAAGAAGAAAAGCUAAUUAUUGAGCAAAACCUUGCCAAAAACCGUACAACGGUGGAUGAUUUAAAAGUUAAGACACAAACUCAGACUGAAGAACUGACUGAAAUUCGCAAAAAGAUGGACCGUCAGAGUGCGUCGUCUGCUCAGGAGCUGGAACAUGCCAAGAAAAACCUUGCUGAAAUUGAAACGAAAAACAUGAAGAUUCAGGCUGAGUUGCAAAAAUUAGUCGACGAGAUUGAAAUGAAAGGUAAUAAGAUAUGUGCUUUGGAGAAAGAAAACGAGAACAUCAAAAUGACCACAAACUCCUGUCAGAAAGAAGUUGCAGAGACGAAGAAAGAAUAUGAGACUCUCCUCGAGUGGAAAACUGAAAAAGAACAGCUGAUCAGUAAUGCUGAAUCAAACCGUGAGGAAAUGCUGAGUAAAAUUGCUGAUCUGGAGAGAGAUUUGGCCAGUCUGAAUGGUGCUCACGAUAGUCUCACCAAGCUGCAAGACUCAGAAAAUGAUAAGAUUUGCAUCUCUGGUCAGAUUGAUGCACUCAAAGGGGAGCUUCUUAACAAGUGUGUGGAGCUGGAGGAGAAAGGGAGAGCGUAUGAGGAGCUGCAACAUCAGUUCAGUGAGACGGAUCAAAAACAUACUAAGGAGAUGGAAAAUUUAAAACUGCAGAUUUCUCAAAUGGAUGGACAGGUGAACGAACUCGAAGCUAAACUGCAUCAGAAAAUAAACAAGGUGAAGGAAAUGGAACAGGCCAAUGGUCAACUCCUUGCAGAGUAUGAAAGUGCCUGUGACUUGGCUAAGUCAAAAGACUCCAUUAUUGAGAUGAACAGAACAGAGAUUACACAUCUUCAGGAAUCUAUUUCUUCACGAGAGCAGGAGUUUGAAAAGUGUAGAGAAGAGAAAUGUACAUUGGCAAAAGAAUAUGUAGACAUUCUUGCCCGAAACAAAGAGCUGGAGGAGGCGAAGUCGAACAUGGAACAAAGCCAACAGGAAGUGCUUGAUAAAAUUGCAUCCCUGGAAUCAGACAUGGCAACCCAAAAAAGUUCAAAUAGAGCUAUUCAAGAAAAAUAUGAUGAUCUUUCUAAACUCAAAGUGGAUCUUGUAGAGAAAGUAUGUUUAGCUGAAAAGAGAGAAAAGGACCUUGUUAAUGAAGCUGAAGCUCUGCUACAAAAGUGCAAUUCUCUCAAAUCUCUUGAAGAGCAGUUUAAUUCUCUUGUGGCUGAGGAAGAAAAUACUAGAAAUGCUCUCGAGAAAAUAAAUGAGCUGCAAGUUCAGACCGCUUCGGAGUUAGAAAGUCAGAAGACUAUAGCAGAGACUCUUGCAAAUAAUGUAGAGGAAGAACGAAGAAAGGCCUCAAUCUUAGAGGAGGAUAAUACACAAAUUAAAGUGAAGUUACAGAAGUUUGAAAAUGAAGCAAAGGACGUGGCAGAAAAGUAUGAAAGUCUUCAAAAACUCCACAGUGUCGUUUGCCAAGAGAAAGAAAAUCAUUUUAAUCAGGUAUCCAUGCUUACAGAAGCACUUGCCGAAAAAGAUGCCUUAAUCGAACAUUUUGCUGAAAUACGAACCGAGCUUGAGACCUCAAAGCAGUUGUGCAUCACCCUUAAGAAUUCACUACAGAGUCUUCAAAACCUGUACGAUUCUUCAAUCGAACUAAAUUUAAGUCUGGAAAAAACUUUACAAGACAGAUCUGAGGAACAAGCUUCAGUAGAGACACGCCUCAAGGAGCUCACUGAAAGACAUGGCAGGGAGACUGACGGUUUUGUCUCUGAAAUGGAAGCUCAUGUGAAGAAACAAAAAGGUUUAGAAGAGCACUUUAGAAUUCUUGGUGCAGAAUUGGAGUGCAAAUGUGUGGAGGUCAGAAAUGCUUCUGAAAAACUUGAAGUGGUUGCUCUAGAGAAGUCAAAGUUGAUGGAAGAUCUUUGCUUAUCUAAUGAAAAACUCAAUGAGGUAACUGAAUCCUAUCAGAAAGUUUCAAAGGAACUCGAAAAUAUACAACUAAAUUCAUUGCCACACAUGCAUGAAAUAGAAAAUCUUAAAGCUGCACUGACAGUAUUGAAGAACCAAGAGGAAGCCAAAUCCAGUGAAAUUAAAACUUUAAAGGAAAAACUUCAGGAAGCACAAUCUGAGCAAGCUAAAGGCUUGGAGGCACUGAAAGAGAAAAAUAUAAACAUGAGUAAAAUCGAAGUCCAGCUUGAAAUGUUGCAAAUGGACCUUGAAGACAAUGAAACCUGCCUUAUUGCAUUUGAUACACAAGUAGAGGAGCUACGUGGCAACAUCAGUGUUCUUGAAGCAAAGUUAAGUGAAAGCGAAGCCCAGAAAUCCACUUUACAAACCGAACUUAAGUCGGUUAAAGAAGACUAUACGAAGAGCAUCCUUGAAGUGUCACAGCUAUCUGCAUGUUUGGAGGAAACACAGAAGGGAAAACAAUGUAGUUCUGCAUUAGUUGCCGAGAUGGAGUCUCUCCAGGUAACCAAUGAAAAACUGAAAGUUUCCAUAGAGCAAGAAAAAUGUAAGCAGGCAAACCUUGAAGCAAUGUAUAAUAAUCUGUUGGAGCAGAAGAAUAAACUGGAAUCGGCUUUUAAGGAAUUUAAAGCAGAUGCACAGAAUUCACAAGGGAAAUUGGAUAGCCUUAAGCAGAGAAAUGAAUGUCUGGUGUGUGAGAUUGCUCAACUCCAGUCUCACAAUGAACAGCUUCAGUGUGAGAGGACUCUUGCAGUAAACUCUGACCCAGACAAAGAGCCUACUGCAUAUGAGAAUGACCCAGAUGUGUCGCAAGAUAUUUGUGAAAUGCCAUUUGCAAACACGUCUAUAUUGCCUUUUGAAGAAGAUGCUGCUCUCGUGGGUAUUUCCUCGAUUGAUGAUAAACAACCAGCUUCACAAAAAGAGGCCACAGACUUGUCAGCAGUCGAGGAAGGCCAAUAUUUACAGCUAGAAAAUCAAAGUAAGGCCACUGACCUUGAGGAGGUAUCUCAUGUUCUUGAGGAGACUGUCAGAACUAUGGAGGAGCAGAUGGGGGUUAAAAUAGAGCAAGUGAAAUUGCAGCAUGCUGAGGAGAUCAAGAACAUGGAAGAGCAAAUGCUCAUGAUCAAAAAUGAGUUGGAGGCCAAGCUUAGGGAUGAACAACAGCACACAGAAAUCUUGUCCUCACAACUGGAGGCGACCAUGCAACAACUGCAGGAAUUGGACCUUGCAUCAUCCUCCUUGCUGGCACCCGAAACCUCAGAGGCAGUGAAAACUAAUAAAUCUGACGAACAAGAUAACAUAAUACAGAAUCCUGAUCAGUCAGACUUAAGUGAUAAAACACUUUUGGAACUUACAGCAAUAAAGGAAACUCUAGAGAAGCGAGAAGAGGAAUUUCUACAUUUGCAGUCUCAGUUUGAACUUUUGACAUCAGAAAUGACGAUAAGAAGAGAUUUGUGCUCAGAGCUGGAGGGAAAAGUCUCUGAAAUGGAAGUAGAAAAGGAAAACUGCACAUACAAGGUUACAUCCAUCACUGGGGCGAACCAAAAACUGAACGACUACAUUGUAGAAUUGACGAAUGAGAUUGAUUCGUUGACAUUGCAACUUCAGACCUCCAAAUGCCAGCUGUCAGAUGUUAUGGAGAUGAUGGAAAGCUUGCAGGUCGCUAAAGGUGAGUGGAAUGAGAAGUACUUUCAGACGGAGAGCGAACUCAAACGGGUGCGGUCAGAGAAAGGCAAUCUGGAGAAGCAUAUCCUGUCCAUGGAGGCUGACAUCGAGGAGAUUCAAGACCAAAAACAGAAACUGGGAGUAGAGCUUGAAUCAGAAAGGAGGACAAAGUGUAGCCUUGAACAGCAACUCGGUGCCAUUGUUGAAGAGGGUGGGCAGCUUAAAGAAGAGCUUGUUCUUUGUGCCGAGGAGAGGGAGAGUGAAUUGCACUCGCUAAUGAAGUGGAAAGAAAAGGCUGAGCUGCUAGAGAAGAGAGAGGCUGAUGCACGAGAACUUAUAAAAGUGCUAGAAGAUGACAUAAGGGCUGGAAAGAGACAAAUCGAAGUGACGUCUGAACAAAUUAAUGUCCUGCUUAAAGAAAAAGAGCAGGUUAUGCAACAAUCAGAACACAUUGAGAAUACAAUGACUCUGUAAGAAGAGAAUACAAAUUUGAUAAGUGAAUUGAACAAUUUAAAGAGCAGUGAUUAUUGUGCCUCAAGAGAGUCUGAAAAUAUGUCUUCCAAAAUCCAUUCUCUUGAGAACGAGAAUGUCAGGGUGUCCCAAUCCCUGGAAUCCACCCUCUUGGAGAAGGGCGAAAUAGCCUCCAGGUUGAUUUCCACUCAGGAGGAGGUAGCUCAGAUGAGACGGGGAAUUGAAAAACUAAAGGUUCGAAUCGAAUCCGACGAGAGGAAGAAAAACCACAUGAGUCAGCUGCUCAAGGAUGCGCAGAGGAAGGCGGAUGCCCUUCAGGACAAUAUUGAAAAGCUUGAGAGAGAAAAAUAUAUUUCCGAGGAGAAUCUAGAAGAUGCAUUUCUGCAGGCAGAGAGCGCCAAAGCUGAGCUUGAGGAGCUACAGGCCGAACAACAAGAGCUCACCAAGAAAAUUGAGGAGAUGACCAAUGAGCUAAAAGACCUCAAGGAGGAGAAAUGCAAACUUGAGGAGGAACUUCAGCAAAAGAACACCCUCAUUGAGGAGUUGAAGUUGUCCAAUCGAGAAGCUUCUGAGAAACUUAAAUCCGUUGAACAGGCUAUGGAAGAGGCGACAGUGAGUCAACAACAAGCUAUACAGGGUUUCCAGUCUAAAGUUGGUGCCAUGGAGGAGGAACUUCUAUGCUGUAGAAAUGAGCUAGAAUCAAGUCAUUGUAAAGUUCAGGAUCUCGCCUCUCAGUUGCUGUCAUUACAGUCUGAAAAUAGCCAGUUUGCACAGAGAGUCCUUGAAUAUGAAAAGUGUCAGACGGAGCUCCAUUCAUCCAACCAGUUACUCAUGAAAGACCUCGAAACCAGGCAAGAGGAGUUCAACAAAGAUAAGGCACAACUUCAGUCACAAGUCACUGAAUUGCAGGCAUUAUCUUUAGUUCGGGAGGAGAGAGAUCAGCUCCAAAAUGAGAAGGUUAUACUGCAGUCUACUAUAACGGAGUUGGAGAAGAAUGCCCACAUGCAGUCUGCAAGGAUUGAGGACACACAGACAAGCGUUACAUCUCUGGAGAACCAACUCAAUGCUAUGCAGCUCAUGAACUCAGAACUGACGCAAAAGUUAAAUGCGCUGAAUGAAAGCAGUUUGCAACUUCAGGUGCAACAUCAGCGACAACUUUGUGAGGCAAACGAAGAGCAGAAGGCCUUGGAGAGUAAACAAAAUCUAUUGACUUGUCAACUGCAGGAGGCUCAACAACAAGCUGAGGCAUACAAGGUCAGUUUAGAAGCUCUGACAUUAAAGAAACAUGGCCUAGAGAGACAGCUGUCCGAGAUCCAAGAAACUCAUGAUGCUCAGGUGCUGAAGAACAACAGGAGAUAUGAGGAGAACCUGAAACGGAAUGAGAUGGAUGUCAGUGCAUUGAAAGAGAAAAUGACAGCAGUUGAGGAAAAAUCUGCACAGUAUCUGUCAGAGCUGAACAGCUGCAGGUCUCGGGAUGAAGAUGUGGAAUCUGCCUUAAAGGAAUUACAUAUAAAAUUGGAAACUUGUGAGAAAGACAAGGCAGAGUUGGAGUCAAAGGUUGUACGCCUAUCCAAGGAGAAAGACAGUGCUAUGAGUAAGAUCAGUUUGUGGAUGAAGUCAUGCAAGCAGCUGGAGAGUGAGAAACAGGCCCUGCAGGACGAACUUGAGAAGACAGCAGCACUUCAGCCUCCACAGAGACAAGGUGACAAUAGCAGCAGUGAUGCUCUGCAGGAGGAGCUGCAAGAACUGCGAGAAGCUCUGGAGGAGAAGAGCCGCGAAGCUGAUGAAAGCAUGGACAGAUACUGUAGCCUCAUGGUGAAAGUUCACAAGCUAGAAGAGACCAACGAAAGCCUCAAGAACCAGGUUAAACAGCUGACCGCCCAGGCAAAGACCUCCAAGAGCAGAAGGUCCCUCAGGUCAGAGAAGAGUGGCCUGGAGAACAAUAACCCUGUGGAGCGUGCAGACAGUAUGCCAGCGAUGAAAAGACAAAGAGCGGAUGACACCCCAAACAAAGCACAUGAGGCUCUGCACAACAUCACUAAAAGACUCAAAGCUGCAGCUGGAACACCCAAAGCUGUUCAAGAUGAUGAGGACUUUAGACCAGAGGGUUUGCCCGAACUGGUGCAGAAAGGUUUUGGAGAUAUUCCUCUUGGAGAGAUGAGCCCAUUCAUCAUACGUAGAACCACAGUGCAGCGAUGCAGCCCUCGCCUGGCUGCCCGGACCGCUGCAACUCAGCAGAGUCCAACUUCCACUGAACCAUCAACCACAAAAUCCAAACGGACAGUAGAGGGCAACACAUCAAAGACGGUGCCCGAGGCAGUCCAGAACAGUGCUGCUGUUUUGACUUCAAUCUCUAACAGUCCUCAAGCAAAGACCUGUGAGAAUUCUGUGAAUGGUGCAGAGAAGAUGUUGUCCAGACGUUCUCGCAGCAUCAUGAAAACCCCUGAGAAAAGGGUCAACGUCUCAGGGCAACAAAAUGACAACUGUCAAGUCCAGUGAUUGGCCGUGAUGCGUAUAAUCUGUAAAAUGUUUUUGACAUUUGAUUCAUGCACUGGCUUUUUAGCUUUUGUAUAUAAUAUUCUAGGGCAGCUGUAUUAUUCAUUCUCGUUUUCCGUUUCAUUUUCUUCUAUAUGUUUUUUCUAUCUUUUCCAUUUUAAACGCAAAACAACUAUGUUUUUGUCGUUUUUAACUCAUCGUUUUGUCUUUGUGUAUGUUAUAUUGAUCUGAUUUUUUUCUGCCAUUGUGUUUUAUGUAAAAAAAUAACAUAUACUCCAUGUUUACCUUAUGCCAUGUACUUCCUUCAGUACUUUACUAAAGUUCACCCUUAGUGUUU